AUGGCCGACACCACCAUUAAGCCAGAGAUCAAGUUGGAUCCCGCAACGGCCAGGUCGCCAGCAGCCCUGUCCAACAUCGAAGAGUUCGAAGACGAUGUCGACCUCACGAUACCUCCACUACCAGAAGAGGGCGGGAAGCAAGCCUGGCUGGUGAAGACCCCGGACUACAUCUGGAAAGCUUGGAGCGAGAUCUACCGGAACCAUGCCGAUGAUACGCCCAUCGAGAUCGGCAAGAUGCGUGUCUACGAUGCGAAAGAGCCAGGCGGCGAGCAGCGGACCCAGAUCAGACUCAUCAAGAACAUUGAGCAACAUCGCGAACUCCCACUGAUCUACGACCUUGACAUCCAUCAUUCGGGUUAUAGCAACACCGUCGUCUUCUCCGAGAAAGACCUCCCAGGCCACAGCAUGGGUCCCGCCAGUCGCAGCCGCCGCAGGCCAGCUACCGGCCUCAAGCCUGGCGGCAUGCAGUCCAAGAACGAGCGUUACGGCAACAAGCCCGGCUCAUAUCGCACCUCCAUACCAAAGCAGACCGGACUUGCACCCAUCAUCCAUCAUGUUGCAGACGCCCACCCAUUCGAAGACGAGACCUACUACGCACACUUCAAGAAGCAAUACGACCAGGCCACCAAACCGAAAGCGACAGUUGCCUACGAGCGCGGCAUCAAUCGCAGCCUCCACCCUGGCACGAACCCCAAAAACGCCUUUACGUCCUUCUCGCUCACCUCGAAGCCGAAAGACAAAAAAGGCAAACAGCGCGAAAAGGCUGUUCGUCUAUCGCAGGAAGAGCUGCUCGAUCGCCUGUACCAAUGCUUCCGGCGUUACAGGUAUUGGGGUAUGAAGGCACUCAAAAACGAGCUCAAGCAGCCGGAGGCGUUCAUCAAGCAGACGCUAGCAAGUAUUGCAGUUCUGAUCAGAGAGGGAGACUUUGCCAUGAACUAUAAACUGAAGCCUGAGUAUGAGCGUGCGGCCGAGAUCAAGCCGGAGGAUGUCAAGGAGGAAACGGCCACGAUCAAGAGCGAAGAUGAAGUGAGUGGGUUGGAAGCAGAGGAUGCCGAGAUGGACGACUAUGAUGAGGAUGACGAGGGUGACUUUGAGGAUGUGAUGAUGGAUGGGGAUCUCUGA